AAUCGGAGCAUUCAGAUAUGAGCGGUAUCGCAUUGUGGUAGCUACCUAUCUGGCCCGAACGAUCGGCCGCGGCCGCGCCGUCAUUGUCUCACACUAGUGGUGGUACUAGACACAGGGUGCUUAGGCGCAGAAGGACGUUCUGAUAAAAGAUUACAGCGUCACUAUCAGUUGAUCCACCGCCGCGGCAGGAGCAUCUCUCGGCUCUGGGCGACAUCUGAGCCGCUGCUCUGUGGCUCUAAUUGAAUCAAUUCAACGAAUGUCUUCCGUCGCUGAUUGCAGCUCCCUAGUGGCGAGUCCGUGUCCCGAUUGUAGUGCAUCGCGAUAUUCAACUCUAUCUGUUGUGCUUGUGUUGUGAAUAUGUGCUGGUGAAGUGAUACCCACCAAGUGCUUUAUUGAAUCAAAAGUUUUUAGUGGAGUUAAUAAAUUAAGGAAACGACAAGAUGUUCAGAAUAUACGAAAUAUUCUUCGUGAUGGCGCUGUCAUGCGUGUGCACACAAAGCAAGGAGAUGACAGAGAUCGAAGCACUGGGAGCGCAGCCGCGCCACUGCACCUACGAGUACGCGUACGAAAUGUACGGGGCCCACUGCGCGGGCCGGGGGCUCAAUAAGAUACCUAAUUUAAAGAGCGGCAUUGAGAUCCUGGACUUCAGUGAUAACAAGCUCCAGGAAUUGACCGAGGAAAUGAUGUCUGGUUACACGAGCAUCAAGUUCCUGUACCUCGCAGACAACCACAUCUACAACAUUGAGGAAACCGCACUCUCGCGCUUCACAAAUUUGCAGACUCUAGACUUGUCUAACAACGUCAUACUAGAGCUGCCCAACUCGAUAUUUCAGCUGCCAUCAUUGAGGAAGUUGUAUUUUAGAAGUAAUCCGAUAUUUCACAAGGCUAUAGAGCCACUGGUUAUAGAGAGACCGAUCAAAGCGCCACUGGAGCUCUUGGAUGUGUCAGACUGUAAAAUAAAGAAUCUGCCAGACUGGGGCUACCUGCCGCAGUUGCGGUUCUACAACAUCUCGCACAACCCCCUCGCGGCUCUCAGUGUCGACCACUUCGCAAGGAUGUGCAACCUUGUCAACGUGGACUUGACGGACUCCAUAGGAACCAUCAAGCUCUGCAGCAUGAGGCCUGCUGUUUUGUGGCUGAAGGAAAAGCGAGUUUCCUUCCUAUUAGCAGAUUACUCAAGACUCAAUACUAGAGAGUUCGAGAAUUGUCCAGUUCCAGACGACAUGGUGAAUUAUAACGCCACGUACCACCGGUGUAAAGCAGAUUACUUACAGGUGCAAAGUUCGAAGGCGUCGCGGCGCACUUGGCUGACGAUAGGCGGCGGGCUGGCGGGCUUCCUCGUCGGCUUCAUACUGCUGCUGUACGUGAUGCACCGACACAACGUCGCGCAGACCAAGACCAAGGCCGAGAAGAUCAAGCAGGCCACGCCCCCCGACUCCGACAAGAACGCCACCGCCGUCCUCCUUGGAGACAUCUCAUAGUUACCCAUAUCUUCACAUCUACAUUCUUGCCACACGCGCCAGAUAGCGUGCCACUCACUCCUAAGCUAGUGCUGCGCAAUAAGGAUGAUACGCGAACAGAAGUUGAAACAGAUAACAAAUGAGAAAUGUCGAGAUACGCUCGCCAUGAUUGUGAUUCAUGAUUAGGUAAAAUGCGUCCAAUUUAUUAAGAGAUGGUGAAUAUUCAGGGUAUUGAUUUUGAAUAAACCAAAGAUAUAUUUUGGCACUUUUUAAAUUAACACUUAUGAUAAGGAUAUUUAAAUUAAUAACUAUAUAGUGUUAGGCAAGUGCGGCAAGUGCAAAUGAAACGACAACACAGACAAGAAUAAAAUUCAUUUUAGAGGUGCUGUGUUGUAUUUGGUGCUAGACUAACGAACAUUUCAAUACACUCAUUGUCUUAAAAUAUACCAACGCACCAGCUUAUCUUAGCACAGAUGUACAAUAUGAACUUCCUGAAAUGACAGAUUCCUGCUAUGAAAUUGUUCUUUUGAAAGAUCUAUUAAGUACAGUAUAAUAAUUAUAUAGGUAAUAAGCAGAUAGGUAAGAGGAUUACCUAAAUUCACGUAAUAUUGUCUUCAUUUUAGUAAGUAUGGUUAGCUUCAAAACAAGUAAUAACGUUAAUUCUUAACAACACAAGUGCCAUAAAGUAAAAAAAAAAGAAUAUUUUGUAUGUUAUCGACGGCAUGGUGUUUAGUAGUAUUGAAAAUUUUGAUUUGUUCAUGUAUUUUUGAAGCUGACUGUACAUACAAAACCUAUGUUAGGUAUAUGGAAUACCUACUUUACUGAUUUAUAUUGUAAUAUACUAUUUCAAAGCUUUGAAGGCUGACUAGUUUUAACAUUGUGCCGUUUACUCAGUAGGUAGGUAUGUAUGUUUAUUCAGUUGUGAAGAAUUCCAGCGCUUUCACACUGACGAACUUUCCGCUCGGUUUUUUCCGAGCAUUACCACUUGAUGAAAAAAUGCGCGACAGAUUUUUGCCGCUUAGAACGAGUAGUGCGGAAAAUCCGCCAGUCUAAAAACGCCGUGUACGGCCAUGUAACUACAUGAUAAAGUCGCAAAUAAAUGUUUUGUAUAAGUUGACAAAAUUAAUUUAAUUUUGUAUCAAUAUAGUGGGGCGUAAGGUAUUUAUAGGUGAGUUUGAGCUAAUGUAUAUUUCUGAGUGGUUUUACUGAUUUGAAUUUGAGAUAUUUUAAUAAGUAUCUAGUUUCCCGAUUAAGAUGUCUGUAUGUAUGAUAUGCCUAGGUAAUUAAGAUUACCUACUGAACUUAUGACUUGUGAACAACUAUUUCAAUGAAUUCCAUAACCCAUUUUGAGUAUCCUAAAAAUUGGGUUCUUAUAUAAGGUGCUUUAAUAUUACCUGCCAGGACUUGAAUGGAGGGUAGUAUUGCGUUUAUAGAUUACAAUAGUAAAGAUAAAUAAUUGAUUAUUUAUCAAUUUUUUUUCAUACAAAAAAAAUACGUAUAAAAUUGACUUAAUUUGUUAGUUUAAAACCAUCCAGUAGAGUUGCGCGUUGCCACUCUUGCAGAACAGAUAGAAAGAGAUAGCAGUUGUUUUCAUUGACGAAGCAACACUACGCGCGUAAUUAGUGAACCACGUUAUGCAGAGUAGAGCCAAUGUUAAUUUAACUUGUUUACUGUCUCAAAUUGAAUUGACUGUUCCGGGAAACGAAAUUUCUUUACUAUUGUAAUCUAUAAACGCAAUACUACCCUCCAUUCAAGUCCUGGCAGGUAAUAUUAAAGCACCUUAUAUGAAGAGGGUUUUAUCCACUAACGGCAAAAUUAAAAAAACAUCUUGAAAAUAUAUAGAAAACAAAUGUUACUGCAUAUUAUUAGAUGUUCAAUUAAUUGACACAAUUCAUUGUGAAAUUAAAUUGCACUUCAGAUGACUAAUAGAUAAAUACGAGGGCUAAUAAACAUAAUUAGCAUUUAGUACAAAAACAAUGUGAAUAUCAAUUCCUACUAGUUAUCACGCUUGUUUGCUAUUUUGCCAAAGAUUUGAUGAAUUGUUUAUUCAUAAUAACACAUUAUAAUAAAAACUGCUAUUUUUGUAAAAAAACGCAUUUUAUGUAACUUUAAGGUGUUUCCACAUAUAUAUUUUUUUUACAACAAUCAUGAAUAAUAAUUGUUGUUUGUGGAGAUACCUUUAGGUAGACUUCACUGUGAUAAGUAAUAAAAAAUUGUUACUAAUA